AUGACGGCACGCAAUGCGACCCCGCAGGCACAGCAGGCGCUGUUUGAGGUGUCCAUGCUCGCUCAGAUCGUAGACGACGUAAUCUAUAGCAAGACUUGCAACCGUCUCGAAUUGCAUGCUCGGUCCAGCUGGUCGGAGACCCUGGACGAACAGAUUUGGCUGUCUUUGACGGAUGCCCGAUCUCGUGCUGAUCGACUCUGCUUCGGGCAGAGAGCGCUCGCGGGAGAGAAGCCAAGCGAUUGGACAAUGACGCUCCUGCGACCCAACAUACAGCAGGCCGAUGCUUCCUUCCAAGCCGACCUCUCUUCGCGCGAACUGCUGCCUUGCCGCUUGCAAGGCGAGCCAGAACAAGCCGGCGCCGCACUGGGCUUCGGGCCUGGCCACACCCUUCGAAAGUCAGGCCGCUGCUUUGAGCUCUUCGGCAUACUCGUGCGCGUGUUUCAGCUCCACGACGCCGAUGACAAGCUGCUGUCGCCUUCAGGAACGUAUCUCAUCGAAGCAGUCGGACAAGGCACACGACAGCAAGGACAGCAGAAAUCUUUACUCGAAGUCAGCGCACGCUUGCGCGAAGUACGAGACUUGCUGCAGGGCUUGGUCGACUUGCGAAGAGUGGACUGA